AUGGCCACGCCCUUCCUGAUCUCCUACCCCUCCAACCCCACCUCCGGCCUAACCCUCAAGCAGAUUGCCUACUUCGGGCGAGUGCUAGUGAAGGUCUCGAGUCUCGCUGAGGCGGAGCAGUUUCUGCGCCAGAACUUUCGCCAGCUCGAUGUCUUUGUCGACGCUACUGCCAUCUCCUCGGCCGGAGAUCUCGUCGAUGUUCUCAACGCCGGCGCCGCGAAGAUCCUCAUCACCGUCGACCAAUUGACCGCACUCUCCCAGGAACAGUCGGUCCCUUCCUCUCGAUUACUCGUCUCCACCCUUUCCGAUGGUCAGAUCGAUUCCUUCCAGCAGUGGGUUGCCGCAGAUGUCAUUGAACGCAACGAUGCUAGCGUCUGCGUCACCCCCGCUGCAAUCCCCGCCGCGGCCACCAAACUGAACAUCAGCUCGGACUCGCCCCGACUCUACACAACGUUCGGAGAUGAGGCAGUUACGGAAGACGCCAUCAACAAGGUUACACAAGCGGGCGCGAUCGCCAUUCUGCCCUCCCAGGUCUUGACUGUGGAGCGUAAUGCGAGCGGCCAGAUCUCUGCUGUUAAGCUUAUUGCCGCGCGGGCUGUUACCGACCAGGCCAAUGGUCUAUAUGCCACAUCAGUGACCGAUGAGCGGGGCUCCUGCCUGGGUGUUGUUUGGAGCAGCGACGAGAGCAUCGCUGAGGCCCUCCGCACCGGCACUGGAGUCUAUCAGAGCCGCAAGCGUGGCCUCUGGUACAAGGGUCAGUCAAGCGGUGAUGUUCAGGAAUUGAUCCGCAUCGGCUACGACUGCGAUGCGGACUGCCUGGUCUUUGUGGUCAAGCAAAUCGGACGAGGCUUCUGCCACCUCGGUACUGAGUCCUGCUUCGGCGCCGCUACUGGCCUUGCCCGUCUCCAGAAGACUCUCCUUGCCCGCAAGGCCGAUGCCCCCGCCGGAUCGUACACUGCUCGCCUGUUCAAUGAGCCGAAGCUCGCCGAGGCCAAGAUUAUGGAGGAGGCCGAGGAGUUGUGCCGUGCCACCACGAAGGAGGAGAUUGCCUUUGAGGCUGCCGACCUGCUGUACUUUGCUCUGACCAAGUGUACUGCUGCCGGGGUCACUCUGGAAGAUAUCGAGCGAAACCUUGACCUGAAGAGCUUGAAGGUCAAGCGGAGAAAGGGCGAUGCUAAGGGCCCUUGGGCCGAGAAGGCUGGUUUGGCCCCCGCCUCGAAGCCUGCCCCUGCCCCUACUCCUGCUCCCGCCCCCGUUGAGGACCGCACCUCGCGGAUUGAAAUGAAGCGGAUUGAUACCGCCUCCACCCCCGUCACCGAGGUCAAGGACUUCCUCAAGCGCCCCUCCCAGAAGUCCAACGACGCGAUCGUCGCGUUGGUCAAGCCCAUUAUCCAGGACGUUGUCGAUGGCGGCGAUGCCGCCGUUCUCAAGUACACGCACAAGUUCGAAAAGGCUACCUCGCUGACCUCCCCCGUCAUCAAGGCGCCGUUCCCCGCUGAGCUCAUGAAGCUGUCCCCCGAUGUUCAGGAGGCCAUUGACAUUAGCAUUGGCAACAUCCAGCGCUUCCACGCCGCACAAAAGGGCAGCAACGAGACUCUCCGGAUGGAGACUAUGCCUGGUGUGGUUUGCUCGCGCUUCUCCCGCGCCAUCGAGCGCGUUGGUCUGUAUAUUCCCGGCGGUACGGCCGUGUUGCCCUCUACUGCCAUGAUGCUGGGUGUCCCUGCCAUGGUGGCUGGCUGUCAGAAGAUCGUUUUCGCCUCCCCGCCCCGCUCCGACGGCAGCAUCUCCCCCGAGAUCGUCUACGUUGCGCACAAGGUCGGUGCUGAGAGCAUCGUCCUGGCAGGUGGUGCCCAGGCUGUGGCCGCCAUGGCCUACGGUACCGAGUCCGUCAGCAAGGUGGACAAGAUUCUUGGCCCCGGUAACCAGUUCGUGACUGCGGCCAAGAUGUUCGUGUCCAAUGAUACAUCUGCCGGUGUCGGCAUUGAUAUGCCCGCCGGUCCUAGCGAGGUCCUCGUCAUCGCCGACAAGACCGCCAACCCGGCUUUCGUUGCCUCUGACCUGCUGAGCCAGGCUGAGCACGGCGUUGACUCUCAGGUCAUCCUUAUUGCGGUCGACUUGACCGAGGAGCAGCUGCGUGCCAUCGAGGACGAGGUCGAUGCUCAGGCCAAGGCCCUGCCCCGCAUGGACAUUGUCCGCGGCUCCCUGGAGCACUCCGUCACUUUCCUGGUCCGUGAUAUCAACGAGGCCAUGAUUCUCAGCAACGAGUAUGCCCCCGAGCACUUGAUCCUGCAGGUUGACGGUGCCGAAGCCCUUGUCGACCAGGUCCAGAAUGCCGGCAGUGUGUUCAUUGGUCCCUGGACCCCCGAGAGCGUCGGUGAUUAUUCCGCCGGUGUUAACCACUCUCUCCCCACCUACGGCUACGCCAAGCAGUACUCUGGUGUCAACCUCGGUUCGUUCCUGAAGCACAUCACCAGCUCCAACCUGACUGCCGACGGCUUGCUGGGCCUGGCGAAGACCGUCGAGACUCUGGCUGCCCUUGAAGGUCUAGACGCGCACAAGCGGGCCGUCAGCAUCCGUGUUGCGCAGAUGCAGAAGGACCGCUCGUAG